AUGCGCCGUCUUUUACAACCUCCUCUCCGCUCCCAAUUAACCAGAUGGCCAAGACGAUCCAUAAACCAAAGAUACUCUUCGCGUCUUUACAAACCCCUCAAUCCAAAGACAUCUGAGAUUCGACUCCUCAAACUUCCGCAAACUUCAUCUUCAGAGUUUGAACUCGUCACUGUAUCACUCGACGAUAAACCAAAAUAUGCAGCACUGUCCUACCUUUGGGGUAACCCCGAGCACUAUGGAGAGAUCACCAUCGAGGGCAACACCGUCAGGAUCCCAGAUAACCUGGCCUCAGUUUUCCUCCGGGUGUUAAGCGACGAACCUUUUCGCACACAACCUUACUGUCAAUAUCUCUGGGCUGACGCGAUAUGUAUUAACCAGAAGGAUGUCGAGGAGAGAUCCCAACAAGUCCAGCUUAUGCGCCGUAUCUUCCAAGCUGCUCACGUUACCUUCGCGUGGGUUGGCCCAAAGGAUUACUCUCUUGCUUUCAAUACCAUCAAUACACUGGACCGCAUUCUAUCUCAAAAUGACCCCAAGAGAGGCCUUGUGUCCACAGUGCCUUUUGAUACUGAGUGGUUACAGAAUUAUCCCGAGCUUUGUCUCAAAGGAGGCUCCGGCGUCCCCAACGAUCACCUCAACGAUCCUUGGAGAGCUGUAGCCGAUUUCUUACAACAUCAGUACUGGGAAAGGACAUGGAUAUUCCAAGAGGUCAUUCUCGCAAAUCAGCUCGUUUUCAUCGGUCCUGGAAACUCCGACCUAGCCUGGCCCACGCUUCGCGAUAUCCCUCAAGCCAUCAGUUCUAUCGCAAGCGACCAGAACGAAAAGAAGCGACCAGAAUUUCUUUCAGAGACGGCAUGGAACCUCCUAAGCAGCCGACUCGCAUGGGGAAGAUUGUCUUGGUUAAUGCUUGCUCAGGCGCGCACCAAGAUACCAGACCCAGAUGGAUUUAAAGGCUGGAUAAUCUCUACUUUUGCUGCCAAUCUGGAAGCCACUGACCAUCGAGAUCAUAUAUACGGCCUUCUUGGAGUGUCUGGUAUCCCUAUCAGCCCAGAUUAUAGCUCUGAGAACAAGGCCUCGCAUGUGUAUACCGAAUACAUAGCUGGCUGGCUAAAAGCAGCACGCAACCAACGGACAAUGCACAUACAUACUCCGCUUGCUUUCUUGUCCCUUGCGGGGACCGGGAAGUUUGGUCAAUCUGAUCUACCGAGUUGGGUUCCCAAUUAUCCAAAGAACAAGGACGUAACCAUUCCGUGGCCAUACAAAGCCAGUGACCACAAACCACUGGCUGAUGGUAUGCCGUCUUCAUCGCCGGCAGACAUUGAAACCUAUCCCUAUGUCGUCCAAGAGACUCAAAGCUUAUUCAUUCAAGGCAUUGGUAUGGGCUCUAUCACUUUGACAACAGAAUACCAGAGAGGCGAGGAUUACGCAAUUCUUGCAUCUUUCAUGUCAUUGGCAAGUUCGUUCACAGCGCGCAAUACGCAGUAUAUAUCUGGUAUCCCAGCAGCACAGGCCGUUAUUCGAUUGCUAUGUAUCGAUUCACACUGCACUACUCGAGACCUGAUCGAUAAUGCUAUGAACCUAGCCAUGCUGAUCGCCUAUUUUAACCAAACCGAAUCCAAUACCGUUCUGAAGACUUGGGGACAUGAUUGGGAUACCGACAUCCUCAAGAUGGCCUUUCCAACAACAGAUGUAACGCAAUUUGGGAUGAAGCCAGAAAUCCUUUCAGAACUUAGCUCCUGGGAUAGAACUCGGCGUAGUACCGCAACUGAUGCCAUUGUGCCUGUGCUUUACACCUACCAAUUCUUUGAGACAAGUCAAGGAUACCUGGGUGCAGUUAAUUAUGAAGUCGCGGAAGGUGAUCGCCUCUGUGUCCUCGCAGGCUAUAACAAGGCAGUCAUCCUGAGACCCAACGCAGAGGGAUCGUACGCUUUUAUCGGGACGACAUCCGUGAUAGAUAUCGACGUUCAACAUAUCCUCGAAAGCCAACAAGCCAAAAGCAAAUGGCUAGAACUACGAUGA